AAAAAGCAAAUGGCUGACUAGAAAUCGACGUUCUUGAAUUUGCACUAAAAAGAAUCCGAUGUAAUUACAUGAAUUAUGCGCAAUUUAUGAUCAUGAUUAGGCGAAAUAAAGCUACUAAAGCAAUAAAUAACUAGAAUAACUUAAUAUUGGCUACGAAAAGCCUGUCUAAACUAUAGAAAUAUAUCAAUUCCUAUCUCUAACCCAAAUUAGUAAUUUGCAAAAAUAAGAAUCGUGCCUGCGACGGACCCACGUCCGUUUUUUGUUGAGUUGAUGUGAUGUGAAGAAGCAACUGGGCGGGGACCGCCCUGAUCAAGAAUGGAGCGGAGUUACGAUAAAAGACACAGCAAGCACCACAAAGAGAAGCACAAGAAACGUUCUCACAAGAAGUACAAGUCUCACUCCGGUGGUACACAUGAUCAGUCUUACGCUACUAUUAAUUCAGUCAAACCCCUGGUGGAGUAUUCCGAUGUCAGUUCGGAAGAUCUGUCGGCCCCGGAGGCCGGCGAGAUCGAAAGCGAAGCGAGCUCUAUAGGCAGGCACAUCGCUGACGAUCUCGAUAGAACUAGAAAGUCCCAUUCUAUACGCACUUUUCUUGACAACAAGAUAUCUGUGACCACAACGAGCCGUCGGGCUGCCGAGGAAUACGCAUUCAAUCGUGAUUCUUCUUCAGCAGCACGGAAGAGACGUGGGGUCGAAUAUGAGGAGCCGGUGCCCGAGUUCGACGAUCUAUCGCGAUACAAGAAGAAAAAAGAAAAGCGUAAGAAAGACAAAAAGAAGCGCAAGAAGAAGUCUAAACACCGCUCUCGAUCUGCGAGUUUAGAGAGCGUGUCUCCUGAUGAUAAUGUGCCAGCAGGCACGCCCAUGCGACCGGUGACACCGCAGCGUUACACCCAAGUGCCUAUUAGUGAAUGGGAGAAGGCAUCAUCUCCACUGAGGAAUGGCUCCUGCUCUCCCGUCUCGCCUACGACACCGCCUCUGAGGCGCGACAGACACAUUGGGUCACCACUUCAUAGGUCCGUUCACAGAGAGCCGUCUUUACACAAUGUUAUUCCAUUGUCACCGCAUCGAUCUCCAAUAAUCAGCAGGAGAAGACAAAAGUCUACUACUCCUCACACUCCACUAGUACCUCCAUACCAUGAGACGGUGACAAUAGACUCGGACAAUGAGGACUAUAACCACGGAAGAAGGGAUUACUGGCAUGAACCACACCGUCCAGGCCAUCAUGUGAUGUCUAAUGACAUUAUGGUCAUACCAGAUUCACCAGUGCACGAGCCCCGCGCACGCGACUUCAGUCCGCGCCGUCACCGACGUCGAAGUCCGCGUCGACGGCGCAGUCGCGAUAGAGAUCGACAUCGGGACCGAAUUACAACUCAUCAUAAUAUGUCGCCCAGCCGCAGCGCGAUGAAGCGCCGGCGCUCGCGCUCGCGGCGCCGCUCGUCGUCCCCGCCGCGACACCGGGCGCGACACGCCGACGCCGCGCGCGAGCGACACAGGGGUAAACAUGAAUCACCGAGUCCCCCGUCUACAGUGCUGCAACGGAAAAUUGAUUUCAAGGAGAAAAUUAGUGAUACUAGUCUAUUUGCGGAGCUCGUCAAAGAUAAACAUAAACGAGCUAAGAAGCUGCAAGAAAUUUUGGAACAGAAAGAAGAGUCUCAAGGCGGCGCCUCCAGCAAUGCUUCCAUGUCGAAUAACCCGGACACAUUCACGAUAGAUGAAUUGUCCAGCAACACUGCCGAUAGUUUAAUACAGAUUUCCAAAGAAAAUGGUGACAACAACAAUACCAAAACCGAUGUAGUAGACAUUCCGAUGCCCGUGCCCGUGCCAGAGGCCGUGCCGACGCCCGCGGAGGACGAGUCCGAGCUGCCGCAGGCCACGCCCGCGCCACCGCCACAGCCGCCGGAAGUCGGUGACAAGCCUACUGCCAACGGAGAAGUGUCGGAGAGUAGCUGUUCGGAGAAAAUUGAAGUUGUACAACAAAAGCCACCAACUCCACCUAUAACGGCGCCGCCUCUGCCAAAAGGCGGUAGUGUCGUGGAGGAAGUUUACCUCAAUAAUCAACAACCGCCGCCGCCUAAACCGAAGAGCCUCACAAAGCUACCGAUGCCACCCAAUACACAGGUUGAAGAUCUCAAAACUCUUGCAAAUGACAGUCCUAUGAGUACACCGUCGCCUAGUCCUGUUAAAAAACCAGAUAAGCCGAAACGAACAGGAAUUAUGAAUUUGCCAAUGCCACCUGUGAUCCCUGGCUCGGAGGAGCUGUCGGGCGACGAGCUGGACGGCUCCACGCCGCCGCCCGCUCCGCGACCCACGCACUCCUAUUCGCACGUCUUUAGCGCCAGGAAGACUGGGAAUGCGGGGUCAAAAUUGAAAAGGCCACGUAUUCUCAAGAGACGAGGGUCAAAGGUGGUGCCCGUGGCGACGCCGACACAUCACGCCAAAGACUGGGGAGAAAAAUGCGUCGAUGGUUUCCAAGUUAUAACACAAAUUGGAGAAGGCACAUAUGGACAGGUGUACAAGGCGCGAGAUAAAAACACCGGUCAGCUCGUCGCGCUCAAGAAAGUCCGCUUGGAAAAUGAAAAGGAAGGCUUUCCUAUCACAGCUGUGCGAGAAAUCAAGAUCUUGCGCCAACUUAACCAUAAAAAUAUAGUCAAUUUAAGAGAAAUUGUUACAGAUAAACAGGACGCUUUGGACUUUAGAAAGGAUAAAGGUUCAUUCUAUCUUGUCUUUGAGUACAUGGACCAUGAUUUAAUGGGUCUACUGGAAUCCAAGAUGGUUGAUUUUACGGAGUUACAUAAUGCAUCUAUCAUGAGACAGCUGCUGGAUGGACUUGCUUACUGUCACAGGAAGAAUUUUCUGCAUCGAGAUAUCAAGUGCAGCAAUAUAUUGAUGAACAACAAGGGUGAAGUAAAACUCGGUGAUUUCGGUCUAGCUCGCCUCUGGUCAGCUGAAGACAGGGCGCGGCCUUACACUAACAAAGUAAUCACGCUUUGGUAUCGACCCCCUGAACUGUUGCUGGGCGAGGAGAGAUAUGGUCCAGCCGUGGAUGUGUGGUCCAUGGGUUGUAUCCUGGGCGAGCUAUUCUUAAAACAUCCAUUGUUCCAAGCGAAUAUAGAAAUGAUGCAAUUGGAAAUGAUAUCUCGUGUAUGUGGAACGCCGACGCCGGGUGUGUGGCCCAAUGUAGUCAAACUGCCUCUCUGGCAUACACUGCGUCCAAAACGAUUCCACAAGAGAUGUGUUAGAGAACAGUUUGCCUUUAUGCCUCCUACUGCGUUACAUCUCUUGGACAGGAUGCUAGAGCUGGAUCCUGAUAAAAGAAUAACUGCUGAGGAGGCACUGAAAAGUGCUUGGCUUAAGAAUGUUGUACCAGAUCAAAUGACAGCUCCUGAGCUUCCGACAUGGCAAGACUGCCACGAACUCUGGUCGAAGCAGCGUCGUCGACAGCAGAGGGAACAAGAACAACAGUCCAAACCAAAAUCAUACGGUUUCUCACAAGAUGACAAACAACACGAUUCCUACAAUCAAUCAGAUAGUAGUAGCUUCAAAAGUGAUUACAAAAAUGAAAGUUUCAAACCCGCAGAGACUAACCAAGAGACCGUGGGACAAGUUAAAUAGUAUUUGGAGUAUUACUACUACGGUUAUUACCGUUAGUAUGGUGCUAGUGUUAUGGUGUGAUAUACUGACAUUAUCACCGGUGAAAACAUGUGACAAGGAACCAGAUAGCCCGUUUUCGAAGGGAUCGCGUUAUGACAUGAUCAUGUUCGAUAUAACGCAGCUUGCCCGAAUCGCGUACAUGUAAUUAAAGACUGACAAUUUCAGACCAUGCAUUUUUAGACGUUAUGUGAGAGUGCGCUUAUUUGAUAAAACAUUGGUUUAAAAAAUCAAGUGAUUUAUAUAUAUAUCAUUCCUAUGAAGUGUGAACCAAAAUUGUUUAUUAUAACCAAAGGAUUGAAUGGCGCUAGUUACCUACAAUACAAUAUGUGAAAAUAAAUUGUAUAAUAGCCGCUUUCUGUAUAUAGAGAUGUAAAUAUAAGUUUUAGAUAAAAGUUGGAUUAAGAAAAAUUUUGUUAUAACUAGCAGAAUAUCUCCUAUUGAAUUUUAUUUUUUGUUUUAGCAAUAAGAGACUCUUCCAUGAGCUAAGAUUUUUUUAAUGCCUGUAUGAGAUGUAUUAUUUAUUGCCGAUUAUCAAGUUCUAUGUAGAAACAAGCAUAUGCUAGUACAAUUAUUUAUUAUAUCGAAAAGGCAAUAAUAUUCAUCACAAAGUUAAUGUAUACAUGAAUAAAAUAUUCUGUGAUUGUAAAUAGUGACUUUUGGAAUUGAUAGUUCCAAAUUUUCAUUUUUAUUAUAGGAAUAAUAGAUAUAAACAAACUAUAGAAUUUGUUCAAUUUAUUUUACCCUUUCCUUAUUAUUAUUGAGAUCUUUAACGAUCCAAGCCUAAAUAAAAACAUCAUUAACAUAGUCUUGUUAAAUAUAAUAAUAUAGUUUGCUUAUAUUUAUUUUUCUUAUAAAACAUUUUUUACACUUGUUUUCUAUUUAAAUCUUCCUUAGUAAUAUAAUUAAGAUAAUUAUCAAAGAUUAGAAAUUUGUUUGCAUUUAACUUGUAUGUUAAUAACAAAAUGCAUCAAAAAGUUACAAGGCGUGAUAACUCAUGUGCCUCAAAAAUUAUCUUACAUUUUGUAAAAUUGAAUAAUAACCUAAAAUGUAAUAUUACGAAGCAGGAUCCUUGUUGAACCCACUCGCAAUAACGAACUGCCGGGAGAUAAUUGGUAAAUAACAGUGGAAUGAAAGUAAUAAAAUUAUUUAUUCUUUUA